CGCUGGUCCGAGGAGGAGCACAAGCAGUUCCUCGACCUCAUGACCAAGUACGGCCGGUCCUGGACGCGCAUCUCCCAGGUCAUGAUGACGCGCACGGAGCCGCAGGUCCGGAGCCACGCGCAGAAGCACUUCCUCCGCGUGAACCGCCAGUCC